CUGAACUUGACUUCCAUUACUUCCUUUAUUUUUCCCGGAAAUUGACUUCCAGUUCCACCAUGUAUCAUUAGCGGAGGAAAAGAUCGAGAGAUCGAUCGAGCGAGCUGGAGGUCGCCGGGAUGAUCUCCGGCAGGAAAGACGGCCCUCUGAUGAAGAGUACCUCGCCGCCGCUCUCCCGGGCCUCCCGGAUCGCCAUAGCCGUCGCUGUCGGCUCCCUCCUCGGUUGUAUCUGCGCUUUCCUUUACCCUGAUGGCCUCUUCCAUGAAGCCACCUCGAGAAUCAAAUCCAGUCAGGCUAGUUCAGUUUCAUGCAACUCUGCCGAAAAGGUCAACAUGUUGAAGUCGGAGUUGGUAUCAUUGUCAGAGAAGCUUGCAGAACUGAAGAAGGAGAUUAGGGAUCUAAACAAGAAGCUUCAAUUGGCUGAAAAAGAGAAAGAUCAGGCUCAAGAACAGUUUCUAUCUUUAGGGGUACAACGCAAAGCAUUUCCUUUCGGAAAAGAAAAAGGUUUAAGAACAAAUCCCUCUAUACUUCCCGAUGAAUCCAUUAACCCAAGGUUGGCGAAGAUUUUAGAGAAAGUAGCUGUCCAAAAUGAACUCAUAGUAGCUCUAGCUAAUUCUAAUGUGAAAGAGAUGCUUGAGGUCUGGUUUGAUAACAUCAAAAGAGUGGGUAUACCGAAUUAUCUUGUUAUUGCUCUGGACGAGGAUAUAGAAAAAUUUUGCAUGUCAAAAGAGGUCCCUGUUUACCGACGAAAUCCAGAUGAAGGCAUUGACUCCAUUGGAAGGUUUGGAGGGAACCAUGCUGUCUCUGCAUUGAAGUUCCGUAUUUUGAGAGAGUUUUUGCAGCUGGGUUAUAGCGUUCUUCUCUCGGACGUUGAUAUAAUUUAUUUGCAAAACCCAUUUGGUUAUCUUUACCGUGAUUCAGAUGUGGAGUCAAUGAGUGAUGGCCAUAAUAACAUGACAGCUUAUGGAUUUAACGAUGUCUCUGAUGAGCCUUCCAUGGGUUGGGCAAGAUAUGCUCACACAAUGAGGAUUUGGGUUUACAACUCUGGAUUUUUCUUCAUAAGACCAACAACUCCAUCGAUCGAGCUUUUGGAUCGUGUUGCAGCAAGACUAGCUCGGGACCCAGUUGCAUGGGAUCAAGCAGUUUUCAAUGAGGAGUUGGCUUUUCCGUCUCAUCCUGGAUACAUCGGGCUUCAUGCUUCGAGGAGGACAAUGGAUAUUUACCUCUUUAUGAACAGCAAGGUUCUCUUCAAGACUGUUCGAAAAGAUUCGAGUCUCAGUAAGUUGAAACCGGUGAUCGUUCAUGUAAACUACCAUCCGGAUAAGCUCCCGAGAAUGAAAGCUGUGGUUGAAUAUUAUGUCAAUGGAAAGCAAAAUGCUCUUGAAUCUUUCCCAGAUGGAUCAGAAUGGUAGAUUUGGAACUCACAGAGAAGAACGAUAAGUGUAUUUUUUCCGAAAUUUUUUUUCAUGUAUUCUAUUGAACAUGCUCUUACUGUUGAUGUCUGAAUUUGAUCUAUUUCUGUUUGUCUGUCCAUGGCAAUGUGAUUUAAUAUUGAGUAAAAGUUUGUUUUGCUUCAAGCUCA